GGGGGGAGAGAGAGAGAGAGUGUGAGGAAAACACGGACGUAGAAGGACAAGGAAGACUGCAAAAAAACCCAAAAUUGCCUUAAAUUAAAGUCACAAGUUGUCAUGCGUCUAUCAUAAACAGGCUACUUAUGAUAGGAGGGAAGUGGCCUAUAACAGUGCUGCAUUGUUGCUUCCUGUCCUAUACUCUGCGCUGCAUCACACUGUUACUAAACAGUUAGUAACGUCAACUUUAGUCGCGCGACUUUGUUCAAAUGGAUUUAACCGAGUUGUUGAUGAGUCUCUGCUAGACGUGUAGUUCAAAUGAGUCAACAGCACAACAUUAGCAGUAAGUUUAAAAUGUUUUACGACGAGUAAUACAACACCAUGGCAGACAGAAGGACUUUCAACGUAGUGAUUUUGGGUGUUGGAUUUUUGUUCAUUUUCACCGCCUUCACCACCUGUGGGAACAUUGAACAAACUGUGGUGAAAAGCCUGCGGAAUGAUACCUUCAGUGGGAGUGGGUACCACAGCCUCGGAAUCAUCUAUGGGGUCUUUUCGUUCGCCAACUUGCUUGCACCAGCAGUCGUUGCAGUAAUUGGACCGAAGAUUACCAUGUUUCUGAGUGGCCUACUUUACAGUGGGUACAUCGCCGUGUUCAUCAUCCCUUCAACAUGGUCCUUCUACCUGACCUCUGUACUCAUCGGCGUAGGAGCAGCCAUGCUCUGGACAGCUCAAGGACACUUCCUGGUGGAAAACUCAGAGGCUUCCACCAUCAACAGGAACACAGGCAUGUUCUGGGCUCUACUGCAGUGCAGCAUGCUAUUUGGCAAUCUUUACAUUUAUUUAGACUGGAAUGGAAGGACAGAGAUAUCAGACAGCAGCAGGAAAAACAUCUUUCUGUCCCUGCUGGUCGCCUCCAUACUCGGCACACUCAGCUUCCUCGUGUUGAGGAAGAGCCAUCAUGAAGAGGAGUUGCUCUCUGAAGAGGAAGGGCAGUCGCUGCUCUCGACUCGCGUGAUGUAUAAGCACAGAGCAAACACCGCCAUGCAGGAUGCCAAGUCAGAAUUCAAAACCAUCCUGCAGCUUCUGAAGACUAAAACUAUACUGCUCCUGGGUCCCUGCAUGGCAUACAGCGGCCUGGAGCUAUCUUUCUACAGCGGAGUGUAUGGGACGUGUAUCGGAGCCACCACGGAGUUUGGAGAUUCAGCUAAAGGCUUGAUCGGGAUCUCUGGGAUUGUGGUAGGCAUCGGAGAAAUUGUGGGUGGAGGCUUGUUUGGAUUGUUGUGCAAGAACAAUCGCUUCAGACGGACCUCUGUGGUGUUUCUGGGAAUGGUCGUCCAUUUUGUUGCUGUCUAUUUGAUCUUCCUCAACAUCCCAGAUGAUGCCCCCGUCGUCUUUAAUACCACCACCCAAAUUCAACCGUUUCUAGCUCCUAGUGUAUCCAUUGCCCUGCUGUGCAGCUUCCUGCUUGGACUUGGGGACAGUUGUUUCAACACACAACUCUACAGCAUACUGGGCUGUGUUUAUGCUGAACACAGCACGCCUGCUUUUGCCAUCUUCAAAUUCAUCCAGUCUGUUUUCGCAGCAGUGGCGUUCUUCUACAGCGGUUACCUGCUGCUCAAGUGGCAGCUGCUGAUGAUGGUCAUCCUGGGCUUCACCGGAACGCUCUGCUUCUUCACGGUGGAGCGGACGCAGAGCUUCUCCGGAGAUUUGCAGGAAUAUUAGAAGGAGGACAUCUCUGUAUCAGCGUUGAUAAGUUUUGUGGGAGGAGCUUUCUAUUAACACAUUGUAGGUAGUAUACAUUUGGAUAACAUUCACACUCGAAAUAGUUUGAAGUAUUGAAACUUACUGAAACAUUUUAAGUUGCCUUAAGCGUAACAUGGUUCAGCUCAGAUUGUACCUUGUACAGUCUGUAAUAAUAACCCGACACUACACAGUAUCAUCAUUAAUCAUUAACAUGAUCUUUUACAUGUUUGUCGUACUGUAGGAUUUUUGAAUAACCACUUGCCUUAUCCCGUACUUAUGUGUAUUGCUUCCAGCUCAGGUUUCUUAUUAAAGGCAGUGUCAUAACAGUUUGUGUCUAAAACUGAUAUUUUGAAAGCUGUUCAUAGUUUGACAGACUGAUUGACAGUUUAAUAAAAAUAGAAGAGAGAAAAUAACACAAUAUUGUUGUCAUGUUUCAGAGAAAUAUUUACUAAUUAAUGCCUGACAGUCAUUGUUCUUAACUUUUUGUUUUGUGAAUUUUGCAUUUUGUCGAUGUUUUCCUCCCAAUGUUGUGAAUCUUUGAUGAAUACAGUUUUAUGCUUUUCCAGUGAUUUAAUUGAACAUGCUGAGCAAAACUCUUCACUGUGUUGUGAAGCAUUUUGUAAUAAACAGUUAAGAUGGUGUAGAUGCCAAACACAGCCAAGGCCUCUGAAACCACGGACAUAAGAGGUUCAAGCAAUCAAUACAUAUGAAUGGAGAGGAAUAUUACUCAGGUCACGCUUAUGAAGUUGCUUUUGACCUGUACAUCAGACAAAUGGAGGGCUCACACUUUAAUGUGAUGCUUCCUGACUGAACUGAGUUUGGAACAGAUUAAAUGGAAAACACAAGGCACUGUUUGUUUCUUACACCAGCCUGUGUUUCAGAUCUCAGUGGAUUGGUGUUUUUUACUCACCAUAACGUAGCCAGUGUGUACGGCCAGUUUAUUGUAACACAAAACAAGAUAAAUCUACUGGCUUUAAUCCUGAUUUGCCAGAUUUAUUGGAAAAUCCACGAGGCCAUUAAUCAAAAGAGGAGCAGGAGGAGAGCGUCUGGCUGGAGGAGAAAGGGUUAUAGGCCCGGAGGUCCCACACUACUUCACUUGUAAUUGCGUAUUGAUUACAUUAUAAUGAGAGUAAGCAGUUUUGUGUGAUCUUAAGUCAAUUGUGCUGCCUACUUCACAACAACAAAGAGCUGAUGGGCUAAGUGAAGUGUACAGCGUUUACUCACAGAAUUAAACUCCGCCGGGGUUCAUGGUGUUAGUUUAGAUAACCUCGUAAGGAACGUAACUAGGUUGGGAUGAGUCUAUUACCUGAACACCGGCUGAUGCAUCAGCUGUUCUUUAUUCCACAAUGUUUCAUAAACAGAAACGUGACGCUUUUUAUCUAUUUGCACUUUGUCAUUUUUCUAAAUUAGAGUAAAAUAUAUUAUAAUUCAUUCCAUUUUCUUGAGCCACUGUGUUUACACCCCCCCCACACCAAUCCUACACAACUCCUCAGAUUUAUUCCACAGCCUUGAUUUCCCAGCACACCACUUCAGUCGACUGAAUUUGGCUGAAAAGCAGAUCAAAUGUGUACAUCAGCGCUGAUCUACUUCAUUUGGUCACAGCCCCGCAUACUUCCUGGUUCUAGUUAGAAGGUUUGAUUGAAACGGACCUGUGGGAAACACGACCGGGGCUUGUUAGAGGUCUGACAUGUAAAACGAAGUGCUGCUGUCUUCGUAGUCGGGGGUCGUGUUUUUGAAGCUCGACAAGAGUUGUACUGUCAAGGUACUUCAUCAGGGAGGCACCUUUUACUUCAAAGUACGUCUGUGCCCAGGGGAUUAAUUCAUUCAUUCUCGUCUGUGAACUGCUUGAUUGUCUCUGACUGUCAGUUUAACCAGAGAGACGUGUUUACCACAUUUUUAUACCUGUAGCUCACUGGGUUAUUACAUUUGAAGACUUGCCUCAUUACCAUGAAUUAUGGAAAUCACACAUCUGAGGAUAGUUGUAUGAAUAAGGUUCACAACACAAUUAAAUAUACCAAUUUGAAAAGAGAAACGCAUCCUAUCAAGUGAGAUGACUAAGAACUCUCCGUAAUUACAUGCAGGAUGAGAUGAGCACAAACAGUUUUAACUGCUCAUUGCUUUUCUCUCUCCCCGCUGUUAGCUUUCCACACAAUAGAUGUUGCUGUAAUCACGAGCAGCACAAUUAAACUAAUCACUCAGCAGUGAGUGUUCAUUGCUCACGGAUCAAAGGUUCGUGUGAUCAGCGGUUGUCCUUAGAUUCAGGAGAAUUAGCCUCGCAUUAGUUAAAAACUCAUAAUUGAUUUCCCUCCACAGACUCAGAAAACAAGCUCAACUCAAAUUGUUCUGUACAAAAAUAACUUUAUUUUUUACUCAUGGAUCUGCAGUCACGACCACCAGAAGCUGACGGAGAAGCUGAGCUCUAAGGAUCGGACAUAAUGCCAGUGUUGGACGGGGAUGAACAGCACGUCUCCGGGCUGUAACAUGCAUUCCAGAUACGGAGCCCGGGCGAACUCCGGGAAGCGCUCCCCGUCCGGAUUCUCCACCUCCACCUGCAUGGAAGGAGUCAGAAAUUGGAAAUGCUGCAUAUAUUAGGCUCAACGUGCACCAUCUCUAUGGACUGUCAACCCCACCUGACUGGUAUUGUGAAGGAGCUGUGAUUGAUGAGGGUACAGCUUGUCUGUGUCCUCUGGGGAAUAUAGGCGAAUGUAUUUGCUUCCCACCACCUGGUGGACAAAAACAAGGGGAAAUCCCACGUGGUAAACAAACAGCGAGACACAUCUUUGACACUAACUGCAUUCGUACAAUAGCCUUCAUAUCAUCACCUGAGCCAGGAAGUUCUGCUGAGGGUCUUGGUGAAGAGGAGACACCGUACCUCCGGGCCCAAACCACGCGUUAACAGUGAUGUCGUCUUCGUCUCCUUCACCAAGACAGCAGUAGUCAGGAGGACGGAUGUCUUCCUUCAGCUCUGGUAUCUGAGGCAACGUCAAACAAACAAGAUCACACCAGGAGGGCGUUUCAGACUCGCUCGCUGAAUCAUACCUCGUCGUUUCUAACAGUUUUCCAGCAGGUAACAUGCAAUACAAAAUUAAAAAAUGGUAUUUCCA